CGAUCAUUUUUAGAACAAGAAUUGAUCGUGUUUCGGUUAUUGACAACGUUUGUCAUGCGAGAGAGACAAUGGAGAUGGAUUCCUUGCACAAAAAUAUUAGCAUUGUCGUGAUGGGGUGACGAGGUCGUUCAGUGGGUUGAUAGCAAUGUUCGGCAUCGAUGUCUAUUGAUACUGCGAGUUUGACUUUCCGCACACAUACCACAGCUGCUCAUGCAACUCUUUCACGUGAAUUUCUGCGACCUAAUUUGCGAGCUUUGAAGAUAUGAAGGUUCAUGACGGAGGUCAACUUAUACCUGAGCUGAGAUCUUAGCAGUUUAGACGCCUAAGCUGUUGUUACUUGCUGGAAUAUGAGCCCAGAGUUGCUGCAUUCUGGUGAUGAGGCCGAGCUGUGGAAGUCGGAUCGAUACCAAUCGGGGAGCAUUUAUGCAACAUAACUAACAAGUUGAAGGAACAAGCUGUUUCAUCUCUCUAGCUGCGUCGUUUGCCAAACGUGAGAAUAUUUGCAAUCUCCGUAAAAGAAGGGAAAAGGCCGAGCUCUGCGGAGCAACAGAGGUUGAACAUGUCCCCUGCUGGACUGACACCUUUGAAGAGAUCUAGUGUUGCCCGCUUCGCUUUCUUACUGCGGGUGCUUAUCAUACAUGCGGGUUUCCUCGACGCAGGUGUGCUGUGCGAGGUGAAUUACAAAAGAAUUAGAGUUGCAUUUUUUUCCCUUUGCAUCACUUGCAAAGGAGUGUUGGUCCAACAAGGUAUUCGACAGAAAGAUCGAGAGACACAAUGGAGGCUAUGGUGGAGUUACCUUCGGUGGUCCAAGUCCAAAUCGCACAUUGGCUUAGCGAAACUGCUAGUACCCAAGAGGCUUCCGUGCGGAACGCCACCACGCACUUGCAAGCUGCGCAAAAUUCGCCGAAAUUCGCCUUAUACCUGCUCAUGCUUUCUGCCGGGGCUCCCGAGAAAGGGCAGAGAAUAGCUGCAGCGACAUACUUGAAGAAUUUUUUGAUAUCCCACUGGAGUGAAGAGAAUUCAAUGUCCGUCACAGAGAAGCUGGAAUUUCGGAACCGGCUCAUGGGUACUCUGUUGCGCGUCGACGGUCUUGUCCUGAAGCUCUUGUCAGAAGCUUUCCGAGUGGUAGCGGUCAAUGACUUUGCAAAGAACAUGACAUGGCCAGAACUUGUUCCUGCUUUUAAAGCAGCGAUACAGAGUAGCAAUUUGCUGAAUACAGCAGGGGAUGCUGAACUGAGAACUCUGAAUGUCCUUAUCGGAGUCCAAACCAUCACCAAACCUUUCCAGUACUUUUUGAACCCGACUGUAGCUCAUGAGCCUGUUCCUGAACAACUCGAGCUCAUUGCGAACGAGCUCCUUUCACCUCUGCAUGGGAUCUUUCACCAUCUUGUACAGCAGGUUGUUGCAUCAAAAGAGAAAGGUUAUGCACAGCAUGAUAACAUUCUCCAUGUCUUGUGCAAGGCCAUGCAUCUUGCUUUGAAAUCGCACAUGCCAUCGGCUUUACUUGCAACUCUGGGGCAGUGGUUUUAUGAUUUUAUGCUUCUGCUCGAGGUAGUGGCUCUAGAGAGGACAAUGGACCUACCAGAACAACUUUCUAGGCUCAAGACCUGGAAGCGCGUUCUUCAGAUCUGCUGUAACCUUAUCUCCCGACAUAGAAAACACGUGGACAAGCUUCUACCUGCGAUGUCUAAUGCAGCAUUGAAAAUUGUUGGAAGAAGCGCAAGUGCUAAGGAUCUUCAUCUGAUGCAGCAUCGUAUUGUGUCAUUAGCAUUUGAUCUGGUGGCCAACAUUCUUGAGACUGGUCCUGGUUGGAGAUUAAUGGCCCCCCACUUUUCAAACUUGCUGGAAACUGCCAUUUUCCCGGCCCUCAUAAUGACGGAAAAGGACUUGAUCGAAUGGGGGGAAGACGAGGAUGAAUAUCUGAGGAAAAACCUCCCUUCGGACAUGGAUGAAGCAAGUGGAUGGAAAGAAGAUCUGCUGACCCCUCGACAAAGUGCCUUGAAUCUGCUGAGCCUCAUCGCUACUGCUAAAGGCCCUCCAACUGCGGGUGGGACGAAGAAGGGCGCUGCAAUGAAACGGAAAAAGGGAGGCAAAGGCAAAGGCAAGGAUUGGUCAGGCACUGCUGGUGAGAUUCUAGUGAUGCCAUUUCUUUCGCAGUUCCAUAUGCCAGCAGACGGAAGCGACCCCCGAUCAGAAGAUGUCAUGAAAUAUUAUGCUGUCAUGAUGGCUUACGGUAGCCUUCAGCAGUAUCUGAAGAAGCAGCCAACUGAGAAGGUGGCUCUGCUGUUACAAACAAGGGUUCUUCCAUUAUAUUCAAUGGUGGCACCUACGCCAUACGUCUUAGCCAACGCUAAUUGGCUUCUUGGAGAGCUAGCUAAUUUCUUGCCCGAUGAGCUGUGUGAAGAGGUGUAUAAUGCUCUACUGAAAGCCCUACUAGCACCCAAUGCUGGCGGUGUGUCUUGGAGACCUGUCCGAGCAUCUGCUGCAGGAGCCCUUUCAUCCCUCCUUCAGGACGGUUAUAAGCCCUCUCAAUGGCUACCUUUACUCCAAGCCACUGUAACAGGAGCGCGUAUGCCAGAAGAGAGUGAGGCUUCGCUGUCGUUGCAGCUCUUAGCAACAGCUGCAGAUGCUGGAGACGAUUGUGUUGCACCCCAUGUUCCGGCUAUUACUGCUGCAGUUCAAGUGGAAAUCGUUAAACAUAUUCCCCCUUAUCCUGAACCCUGGCCCCAAGUGGUUGAGCUCGGGUUUACGGCUGUUGCCUCGCUCGCUCAGACCUGGGACGGUGCUGAACCUGACGAGGAUGAGGAUGGAGGGAAAGCUCUCACCAGCUGGAAGAUGGGUUGUGAAACAGUUGCAUUUACACUUGCUGAGCUUUUGCAGCGAGCGUGGUUGACACCUGUGCAGGAUGGAUGCUCUCCCCAAUCUACACCUCCAUCAUCAUGCUUAAGUGAUGCUUCUGUGCUUCUCGCUGCAAUCUUGCGAUAUACUCGAGACUCAACGUCAGCUGCAACCAUGAAAAUAGAGGCACUACUACAUGUCUGGGCAAACUUGGUAGCAGAUUGGAACGCCUGGGAGGAAGAGGAGGAUGAGUCGGUUUUUGACUCUAUAGAAGAAGCAGUGGCUUUGCAGGGAAGGUGUCCGAUGCUGCACUUCACUAUGGCUGAAGCUCUUCCUACUUCGGCACACCAAGAGCCUAAGCGAUCUGUUCUUGAGUGUUUAGUGACGUUCAUCACAUCUGCAAUUGAGUCUGCGUAUCCAGCGGCCUGCUGGCGUGCUUGUCGUUGCGCACAUGCGCUGUUACAUGCAACACAGCUUUCAUUUGAGGGAGAGGCAAUCUCAAACCAACUCAUACCUCGGUUGUGCGAGAUUGCUACUCGACGACUUAAGCAGCUGACUAGCGUAAUUGUACCUUUGGCGAAACCGCUUAUCCUUGUCAUUACCAUGUGCUUUAUUGUUUCACCCGAGCAGGUCGAAAAAAUCUUGUCCUCUGAGGAUGAUACCAGUCUCGAGAAUGGUGCAAGUCAAGGCUUGCUCAUGUAUGCCGAGUCACUGGCUAGCCUAGCCGAAAGUGAAGCUGAUCCAGGCCUUUCCUUGGAAUCAGAGAUGAAGCUGGCUGUGAUUGGUUUGCUGAGGGUGAUAGAGCACUUCAUCAGUAAGGAGCUGCUGAAGAACCAGAAAGGACAGCAAGCAGCCAAUCACUGUCUGCGUUCUUUGCUCGAAUCCAUGGUUGAUCUCAAGGAGCUUGUAGAAUCUCCAGAUACCUCAAGUGACACAUCUGAUACAAGUGAAUCCGGUUCUGGCAGCGAAAGUGGUGGCGAUGGUAGUAUAGAUGGUUCUAGCUGCGGUGUUUCUAACGACGAGCGCGAGGAAAACGUCGAGGAGUAUCUGGAACGAUAUGCAGCGACAGCGCGUGAGCUGCAAGAUGAAGCUAAUGAGGAGGCUGAAAAUGGCCAAGAUGAGGAUGGCCAUGAAAUUGAACUUGGUGUGCUAGCGUUGGUUGACUAUGAGAAAGAAGUAUUGGCAUGCCUUAAACAACAUAGCAAGACGCUUUGCUGCGCUCAAACCAUUCCCAAAGACCUACUCACCAGAUUUAGCGAAAAGCACCCAGAGGCAAUGGCUUAUUUGUAGUCAGUAAGUACUUGGUAGUCGUAGAGUUCCAAUUCCGGAAAGCUGGUCUGACUUAUCUAACCUAUUAGAUGGUACCCACCUGAUAAUCCCCCUCAAGAAUCGAUGAUUGUUAGAAAGAAUGUCAAUGCAUCAUUCUAAUGUGGAUGAUUCUUUUUGAUAGUAAAUCGGUAUAUGUAGAGAUACUCUCAUGGCGCAAAGCUUUAUUUGGGUUGUAAAACUCAUACUUGCGAAAAACAACCUAUGUCUACAUUAAAUGCAGACUUAUUGGUUCUUAUUUUUAAAAUUUACACAUUGAAAGUAACAAUUUUUCAAAAACAUUAGUAUGAUUCAUUUCUAAUUGGUUAGACUUACAGGUCAUAUUUUGCCAAUUCUUAUGUAAGUUCGCAAGUUAUAGAAUUAUUUUUAAAUCUAAUAAACAUAUUCAUAUAUUAUUUUUAAAAAUGUUUAAUUAGACGCACUUUAUAUUCAGAGGACAAGGUGAGAGAUCACAACUUUAAACAGUUUUGAUUGGAUGAAA